AUGGCUUCGCCCAUGGUUACACCGCAGAACCCGCCUAGACGGCGUGGGCGUCCUCCUGGAACCACCAAUGCGGUUCGUGCAGCCCGCGCGGCCGAGGCCGCUCGCCUCGCCUCACUGGGGCAAACCGUGUCGCCGCGUAAGAAGCGCUACGUCCCCGGUGGGCCUGGCGGCGGUGGCAGGUACGUCGAUCCAGAUAGCCUGCUGAGCGCAAGCAUGCCCAAGAUGGGCGGUGCGUCAGCGUCGCGACGACGCGCGGCCGCCAAUCGCGAGAUCUCCUACGCCGUCUCGCCUGUGCCGUUGCCGCGCCGCGAGCGCAGCACGCGCACCCGAGCCACGGCCGGCGAAGACUUCGAAGAGAUUGAAUGGGGUUCUGCUGCCGCCGUUGCCGCUUCCGUCAAGCAGGCCGAGGACUACAAACCUCGUGAGGAGCGCAGCUGGGAGGAGUUUCACCCGAAUCUCGAUAUUGAGCAGCGCUUCGUUGUUUUCUCCGCCGAUGACGUCGAUGGUGUCGUUUCGAUCCAUGAGAUGCCAGGCACGCCGUCUAGACAAACGCCCGGCACACCCCUCAACGGAACCAUGACUCCCUCGCGACAGGUAAACCCCGUCUCGACGGGCAACACGCCAAACCCACAGUCUCAGUUCGACUCCCAUAGCCAACCCGAUUCGCAAUCGGCAGCUGGUGCGAUGACGCCAUCACGACGUUCAAGAAGAACGGUACGCGAGUCGGUGUCCUUCUAUGGCGUACGCAAUACACCCGCAGCUGGCACGCCGCGGACACCACGGAUACUUCCGAUUUCGAAUCAGACGCCGAAAGAGCGGCUGGACCUCAAGCAACCUACAUUUCGGAAGACCAAUCGCAUAGAGCUGUUCGAGAGCAAGACGUUUGGGCAGGCCCGCUACGUCGACAAGGCCAUGAGCAAUGUGGGAUACCAAGAAAGCGACAACUUUCCUCGACCCGACGAGACGAUGCUGCGCGCUAUUGACAUUGGUGCAGAGGAUGAUGCGGAGCAAUCAUUGACCUUGAUGCCAAACAAAUCGGAGGACCACAGUACUGGCCAUGCGCCGCACGCGCAGAAGCUGGGACGUGUCGAGUACGACAUGGAUGAACAGGACGAUAUGUGGCUGGAACACCACAAUGCGCAGCGCAAGCAGGCCGACCUAGAACCCAUCACGCGCGAGGUGUUUGAGAUUACCAUGACCAAGAUUGAAAAGGAGUGGCACGCGCUCGAGCGACGCAUUCCUAAACCGAACCCCAAGCCACCACAAACGCAUCGUCCGCGGUCUAGCUCGGCCGCGGCGGUGAACGGCGAGGUUCAGAGCGGCGGUGCCGCCGGUAGCGGAGAUGAACCAGAUAGCAAGUGUGUCAUCUGCGACGACGGCGACUGCGAGAAUACCAACGCGAUUGUAUUCUGUGACGGCUGCAACCUGGCCGUUCACCAAGAAUGCUAUGGAGUGCCAUUCAUCCCUGAAGGCCAGUGGCUGUGUCGAAAGUGCCAGCUGUGCGGCCGUGGUGUGCCUACCUGCAUCUUUUGCCCCAACACGGACGGUGCGUUUAAGCAGACGAACUCAUCGAAAUGGGCGCAUUUGUUGUGCGCCAUGUGGAUUCCUGAAAUAUCGCUCGGCAACCACACAUUCAUGGAGCCGGUCAUGGAUGUCGAGAAAGUCCCCAAGACGCGAUGGAAGCUCAACUGUUACAUCUGCCGACAGAAAAUGGGUGCAUGCAUACAGUGCAGCAACAAGAACUGUUACCAGGCCUUCCACGUCACCUGCGCGCGGCGGUCGAGGCUCUACCUCAAGAUGAAGACGAGCCACGGCGCUCUGGCAGUGCUGGAUGGCAGCAUGGUCCUCAAAGCAUUCUGCCACAAUCACUGCCCUCCGGAUUACACGAUAGAAAACAAUGUCCACCAGGCGACCCGUGCAGCCAAGAAGUUUUACAAACGAAACAUGCGCGGCCGCAUCUGGGCGGACAAUCAAGCCAUGGCGAAUGUUCUCGCUGCACAGCAUAGAGUUGCCCUCACGGAACAUCCUACCACUGAAAGCCAAAUAGCAGCCUCCAAGAACACGGCCGUGUUCGGCAACAGUGCAGAUGAACAGACUGGACAGGGUCAGCCGCCCAAGAACCUGUGGAAGCUGCCCUCUGGGGCACCCAUCAUCCCGCAAGCUGUGUAUGACGUGGUCGAAGCAUCAAUCCAGCGAUUUCCUUUUCGAAAACGCAAAGACUUCCUGGGUGAGGCGUGUCGGUACUGGACGCUCAAGCGCGAGGCACGCCGUGGGGCGGCGCUGCUGAAGCGGCUGCAACUGCAGAUGGAGGCCUUUUCGUCCAUGGAGUUAACUAGGCGUGACUUUGCGUCGAUGGGCCCCAACGGAAAAACACGGCUGGCGAGGCGCAUAGAGUUUGCUCAGAACAUUGUAAACGAUCUGGAGCGGCUGAAGGAGCUGUCUGAAGAUGUCGUGCGGCGCGAGCAGCUUCGCGUGGAUGCUGUCGAGCUGGAGAAUGACUUUGUGGACGAAUGCUACUUUCCCGUUGCCAAGCUGCUGGAGCCGGCAAUGGAAAAGGCAAUCUCGCUUGACAAGGAGCUGUUUGAGAAGGGCCUUGAGGGCAUCACAGAGCGAGUCGAGCGACGGCACUAUGCAACCGUCAUGCCGUUUGCCCAGGACCUCUGUGAUGUGAUUAGCAAGGGCGUCCGUACGUCACCGCCGGAGGUGCUUGAUCAUGAAAGUACCUCGGGCGCGCGACUCGAGGGUGUCAACGCGACGCCGCCGAAACACAGCUUUGCAGAUAUCCGCGAGCGACGAAAAUUAGGCAAGCGCAUUCUCAAGAGCGUGCAGCCUUUUCUGGAAGCCGCCUUGAAAGUGGAGGCGGAGAUCAGCAGCAAGGUGCCAGACACACUGGUGACAGAACUCGAAGCCCUGAUUGAAGCGAGUCUGGACACGACAAAGCCAGCGGAGACGAGUGAAGAUGUCGUCAUGACCGAUGCACAGGACGCGUCGGAGAUUACAGUCAAGAGCCUGGUGGACGAGAAUGGUGCCGAUUACGCCGAGGACGAUGCUAUGGACACGGCCGAGGACGAUGUUGUGCAUGACAAUAUCGAAGUGGACACGUCUGGCCUGGGCAUUGUUGACGCGACGACGCUGGCGGCAGCCAAGUCGGACAAGAACCGCAAGGCGGCGGCGACGCGAGGAGGAGCGGGCUCUUCAUCAGAGUCGCCCGAGGGCAGCGGCGGCGACUAUGCUGCUCUGGGCCAACAGCAGCAGCAGCAACCGCAGGAAGGACCGCCCACCCCUCCACAAUCAAACGGCAGCUUGGGGCGGGAUCCCACAGACCCGUUGACUGAAGGUGGCGUCCUGUGGCACCUCAAGUCGUUUGAACCCCGGGGCACCUCGGCGCUGCUGGAGCACACGGCUGCUCCUGCCGGUUUCGACGCGGCGCGGCUGCUGAGCGAGGACCUGACAGAUCUCGACGAGGUUGAGCUCAAGGGCCUGGGUGGUGCCAACGGCAGCAGCAUCAGCGCCAUGACGGUGGGUGCCGAUGAGGACGAACAGGCCGCGGCCAAGACAAAAGUGAACAAGGCGCGUGCUCGUCGCACAUCAGGUCGACAGCGAUGA